AUUUUGAAAUUGAUCUAUUUUUAAGGAUAUUCGCCAUAUUUCAAGAUACUUAAGAAGCUUCUGGAAUUGUGAGAACUAUCAAGAAGUUUCUAGAACUGUCCAGAAUUAUCUAGAACUUUCUGGGACUGUACAGAAUUGUAGGUAGCUGUAUAACUAUAAAUAAUACAUCCUUUUUCCUUAUAGUACACAGCAACUUAGUCAAUUUAGAUGGCAUCAAGAGGUUGCAUACAUCCAGCAGAUGCAUUUUGCUAUGUAUGUGGCCAUUUUAUAAAGACAAGAGCGAAAAAGUACUCUGUGGAAGCAUCUGCUAAGAUGUGUGAGGCCUACAAAGCAUACUUCGGCAUGCCUGUUGGUGACCAAGACAAACCAUGGGCUCCUCAUUUCACAUGUUGGUACAGGGGAGAGAAGAGAGCCAUGCAUUUUGCUGUCCCAAGAAUUUGGCGUGAACCGACUGAUCACUCAACAAAUUGCUACUUCUGCAUGGUGGACCCUUCCAAACGUCGCACUGGCAAAAAUGCAACGCCUGUAAUGUAUCCUGACAUUCCUUCAUCUAUUGCCCCAGCACCACACUGCCCUGAACUUCCUGUACCAUCACCUCCAGACAGAGCAACACCACCUUCAGAAGAAAGCAGCAGGUCAGACACCCAGGAAGAUGUUGAAGAUCACGAUUUCUCUUCAUGUGCAGAUGAGGAGCGGAAGCCAUACUACCCUAACCAAAAAGACCUCAACGAUCUGAUCAGAGACCUUGGUCUCACCAAGUCCAACGCUGAGCUUCUGACAUCAAGGCUCAAGCAAUGGAACUUAUUAGAUGAAAGCAUCCAAGUCACAGGUCAGAGGAAGCGUCACCAAGUUUUUUCCACCUUCUUCAGUCAUCAAGACGGACUGUGCUUCUGCAACAAUGUGGCCGGUCUAUUCGAGGCUAUAGGUAUCACCUGUAACCCGAAUGAGUGGUGUCUCUUCAUAGACAGCUCAUGCAAGAGCCUCAAAGCCGUGCUGCUUCACAAUGGGAACAAGUACCCAUCUCUUCCUGUAGCUCAAUCGGUGCACCUGAAAGAGGAAUACACCAGUGUCAAGAUGUUGCUAGGUGCCUUGAAGUAUGAUGAGUACGGCUGGGAAGUUAUUGGAGAUUUCAAAAUGGUGUCAUUCCUGAUGGGCCUCCAAGGUGGUUUUACUAAGUAUCCUUGCUUUAUUUGCCUUUGGGACAGCCGGGAUACUAAAGCGCACUACCACAGGCGGGACUGGCCUCAGCGGACAGAGUUCACUGUGGGGAAGAACAAUGUAAAGUGGCAGCCACUGGUGGACCCACGCAAGGUGCUGAUGCCACCACUACAAAUCAAGUUGGAGCUCAUAAAACAAUUUGUCAGGGCUCUAGAUAAGGAGUCGAGAGCUUUCAAUUACCUCCAAGAUCUUUUCCCUAAGCUGUCUGAAGCAAAGAUCAAAGCUGGUGUCUUCGUCGGACCACAAAUCAAGAAGAUCAUAGAAUGCAGUGAAUUUCCCAAGAAGCUGAAUAGGAAGGAGAGAGCGGCUUGGAACAGUUUUGUCGCAGUGGUUCACGGCUUCCUAGGCAAUCAUAAAGAUGAAAACUAUGUACAACUGGUCCAGACUCUGAUAAAGAACUAUGCUGCAAUGGGCUGCAGGAUGUCACUCAAAAUCCAUAUCCUUGAUGCUCAUCUUGAUAAGUUCAAAGAGAACAUGGGAGCUUAUUCAGAGGAGCAAGGCGAGCGCUUCCACCAGGACAUUAUGAACUUUGAAUGCCGUUACCAAGGACAAUAUAACGAGAACAUGAUGGGCGACUAUAUUUGGGGAUUGAUUCGUGCAUCUAAAUUUGCAGUAUAGUCGUAAAUCUCAGAAAACCACACACUUCUGAACAGUUUUUGGUAAUCUGUGUAAAUUUGCAAUGCCUAUAGUGUUCUUAGUCUGACUGUAUAAAUGAGAAGAUGCAAAAUCGUCUGUUUCUAUAAUAAAAAUUCAUAAUUUUCG